AUUCAUGCAUUGAAUUCAAGACUUCGGUCUUUCGGAUAUAUUCAGUAGAAUCUAGAAUGUCUACAUCGUGGGUGUGAUCUUUAUUUUUCUACGUGGCAAUAAUCACCUAAGAUCAGGAAUGCUUAUAUGAUCUACUUCCCGAUGAUUGUAGUCUAUUUAUUAAAUAAUAAAGUUAGUGGAGAAGGAUGAUGAGUGAAGAAAGCCUUAUUGCGGAGAGUUACUCCAAUCUAAAGUCUGCCAUCCUGCUGGGAAGGACUGAUAUUGUUCGCGGUAUUCUUUCGACUGCAGCAGAAAGUAGAUUUGAAAAUGGGUUUUUCGAAGAUGAAGUUGAAGAUGAUGGUGCAGGAGAAGAUUUUCGUAUCAGAAAAUGGGAUGAAGAUUAUGAGGACAAUCCUUAUGACAUCUUACGCGUUAUGCUUAAUUAUGUUGAUGAUGAUGCAGGAACUGCUUUACACUUGGCCACUAAGCUUAGCAAUGCAGAUAUCACAAGGGCAUUACUUUCUGCUGGAGCAGAUCCAACACGACUGAACAAGGAAGGUGCAUCUCCAUUUGAAUAUUGUUCAGAUGAGAGAAUACUCAGGAUUUAUAAUGAACAGUUAUUAGAAGCUGCUGCUCAUAACCAGAUCACCAAAUUGGAAAGGCUUCUGUUUGCUGGCGUGAGCUCUAAUGCCAAUGAUGGAACAGAAUCGAAUAACCGUGCUAUACAUUGGGCGGCAACAUUUGGUGGUUAUGAUGCUGUUAAACUUUUAUGUCAACACAAUGCUGACGUUAAUGCUGUGAACAGUGAAGGUUCAACAGCUCUCUUUGAUGCUGUCAAACGUAGAGAUAAAGAUAUUGUUGAACUUUUGUUAAGUUACGGUGCAAAAAGUGAUAUUUGUAUUUUGCAUGGCUCUAACAAAGGUAAAACGCCAGUUGAUUUUGCGCCCGAAGAUUCUGAACUCAAGCAAUUGUUGCUUAAUCCGCCUGAGUCGAUCAACGAUACGAAUGAAAAGAAAGAAGAUGCAGUGACAAACGGUUUAUUAAACGGAUCAGAUGAUUCGAUUGUAAGCAGUACAAAUGGCGUUGCUGAAGGUAAAUCGGACAUCAGAAUAGAAGAGACUGAUAAUUCACACGAAAUAGACCUGAGUCUUUUAUGGCCUUAUCCACAAAAGUUAACAUUGAUCAAAGGAAGCCGUUUUCAUUCUGAAGCUUACCUUAGUGUCAGGAUAUUGACUGAGAGGGGGGAAGAUCCUCACAUUAUUCACGACAUGUGGCGAGCAGUUGACGAGAUAUUCCAAAGGCUUGGUGUUUCAGUUCGGACAUUGUGCGUUGCGGACAACGCGUACACGGAGUUGGUACCAGGAUGCAUAACAUGUUCUAUAUCUCCAUUAUUAUUUAUGAAACCUGAAAGCUAUUCUAUCAAUAUUUCUUCUCAUAAGAUUAACUUGUGUGGUAGCGAUCAUGCCGGUCUUUGGUACAGCAUCAAUACGUUAUUACAACUGUUUAGAAUGUUUAAAGGUGUUGGUAUACCACGUAUGCAGGUAUAUGAUUGGCCAGACUUGAAAUACAGAGCUUAUUUGGUUGAUUGUAGUCAUGGAAGGGCUCUUACUUUGGAAUCCCUUUUCUUUCUCGUUGAUAUUUUGGCCAACAUGAAGUAUAAUCAGAUAAUGCUUUGUGUCGAACAUGACCUGCACUUAAAGGAAAAGUCUGGAAAGUAUAACUUUCCUUAUUCUCAGGGCGAAUUAUUUCAAUUGGAGCGAUAUUGUCGCAAGAGAUACCUGGAAUUAGUGCCUUGUACGGAUCUUUAUUUGUGUGAGGAAAAAAACAUUGGAUUGAAGAAAUUUAAUUCUUUCAUAUCUUCUUCAUUUCCACAGUCAAGGUUUGUUCAUAUUGGGUUUGGAGAAGUAAAUGAUGCAGUUAUAAAUGACAAAGACGCAGAUCACAAUUCUUUAAUGAAUCGCGUUCAAGAGAUUUAUGAUCAUUAUACGAAACAGAGAAAGGUUUGUCUGAUGUGGUCGAAUUCUUUUCACGAGUACAUCAAGAAUGGAAAUAUCUUGCCUUAUGGCGUUAUUGCUAUGGAGUAUGGUGGAAAUUCGUCAUAUGAUUUUGGAGUGUUUAGUAAAUUAUGUUCUGAUUCAGGCAUUCCAUACUAUAUUUGCCCCGGUACAAUGAGCUGGGCAAGUUUGGUUGGAGCCGAUAGCUUCGACUUGAUAGAUGAUGCUGUUCAAACUGCUGUACAUUACAACGCUUUGGGUGUUCUCGUUACUGAUUGGUCAGGAUAUGGGCACGUGACCCCACUUGAAGUCAGCUUUCCCGCUCUAGCUACUGGCGGUACAUUGGCUUGGAACUCUAAAAUGAAGCAGGAGAGUGUAACAUCGUCGAUUAGCAAAGUUUUGGAUUUGCACGUUUUUCAAGAUGAUGCUGGAGUCAUGGGUGACAUUUUAAAAAGUUUAUGCCAAGUGCACCAGUUACUUGAGCCCAGUUCAGUGAAAAUUCACUCCGAAAGUCAUAUUCCUCCACGCCAUAAAGCCGAGGACGCCAGUCAGCUUCUCAAGCUGUUUCUCUUUCCUAACAAUGUCGAUAUUAGUAUGAUGGACAUUGAUCGUUUACAGACCGUUACUCGUUGUUUACGCAAGAGUCAAGCCUCCUUAUCUUUAGCUCAGAUGAAAUGCCCGCGAUCUUCGACGAUUACAAAAGUGCUUCAUUUAAACCUAGACAUGGCCAUCUACGCUUGCAGGAUGGGUCGUGCUUUGAUGGUUGCUAAAUCAGACAACAGUUCUCUUUCUGGUUUUACUGUAAUCUCCCGUUUACCAAGCAUCAAUCGAACGGAUCUCGCUAAUAGACUUUUAGGUAUAAUUGAAAAUCACCGUCGCGUGUGGAGUUUGAGCAAUAAACCUGUUGGUUUGGAUGAGUCCAAUACGAUUUUGGAAAAUGUGUUUAAAGAAAUCGUACCGUCGUCAACUCUCACUGUAUAGUUAUUGAUGAUCGUUUACAUUAGAGUACAUCGAUGAUUUUGUAUACAAAAUGCAACGCAAUUUAAUUUAUCGUGAAUUAUAACCGAAACCAACAACUUCGCACCUUCCAACCUUCCAACCUAUAAUAUAAGACAUUACAAGUAUGUUUAAAUAAUGAUUUUCAAUAGGAAAAAAUCUCAAUAGAAUUUCCUGAUUGGAUUUCUCAUUUUAA